AUGGAUCCUCCUCAGAUGGUCACAUACGUUGUGGUUCCAAAUCGUGACCUUCUUCUUGAUCACAUGAAACACACAAGAGAGUUCAAAAUGGAGACGUGCCAAUGGUUGGCUAGCAAGCAGGACAUUCACAAUUCAAAAGUUGUAUAUCUUGCUUUAGAGAGCGCAGGCUCGGAUUCAUUUGAAGCAUACUGGACAAAGAAUGAAAAAUUCAUCAGCCGCAUUUGCUUCGAUGAGAUCCAUCAGAUGCUCUCUCAUGCCGAGUUUCGUCCUGCCUUUAACAAGCUUCAAAGGCUUGCAAAGAUGAGGGUGCCUCAUAUAUAUCUGACUGCAUCAUUACCUGUGCGUAUGGAAGAACAUCUCCUCCUGAAAUGCGGGCUGCCAUCAACCACUCCUAUCAUUCGAAGCCCAACCAACCGUACCAACAUCAGUUACAACAUCAUCAGAUGGGAUAACCGAGUCACUACUGAGCUCCAUCUGCUCACCAAUCUCGUCAAUCUGCUGACAGAGCAUUUUCUGGAGGGGGGAGACAUCGGCAUCAUCUUUGCUGAAAGCAAGCACAAAGUCAAUCUCAUCAGUAAAGCAAUCACACACUGUAAGUCGCAUGCAGACAUGAACUUUAGGGAGCGUGCAGAGGACUUCAGAAACUGGAGCAAGGGGAUCAGGAGAUGGAUAGUGGCCUCCACAACAUUGAUACAUGGUAUUGACCUCCCUAACGUUGGAGCUGUCAUCUUUCUUGGGCCAGUGUUUGGACUUUUGAACAUUGUGCAGGGUGGAGGACGCAUACUGCGGAGCGGGAGGUUUGGACACUGCAUAGUCCUUACAGAGAGCCGGACGGAGCUUAUCCUGCUCACAGGACCAGAAGACCAUGAUUUUGACUGUGAAUGGGAAGGGAGAAAAUGGCUCAGGAACAAUACGGUCUGCCGCAGGAUAGAGCUGUCAAGGACUAUGGACGGCAAGGUCAAGACAUGCCAUGAUCUUCCAGGAUGCUUCUUUUGCGACAUCUGCAAACCAGAUAGUGACCUGCUCACUUCGAUUGAUGCUAUUAUCAAAGAUCCUGGUGUUCCUCAGGAGGGAGAUACACCGUCCAGCAGCACUUCUUGUGCAGAUGCUGGCAGUUCUGAAAACGAUGAGGAGAAUGACAGAUGGGUACCUAUCAGCUCACUCACAAACCGCACAUCCACAACGGACCCUGACUGGCUUUCCAAUGCUGAUACCCCUUCGCAGGAAUCUCACCCUGUCUCCUCAUCAGCUGAGGUCUCUGCACCUCCUCCUCCUCCUCCGUCUGCUGCACCGAAUGCGCUGUCACCUGCUUCCCGUAGGCCUGCCAAGGCAUGUGCUGCUAAUGUGAUGACACAGUUCAGGCGGCAAGCAGUGCUGAACAAUGCAAAGAAGGCACCCGUAACACUUCCAGGUGAUGUGUCUACCUCAGUUGCAUAUGAUGCAGCACUUGUGCAGGCGAAUGAGCAAGUGAAACAUGCAAAAGUGAAAAUCUUAUCAGAGGCCAUCCAGAAGCUAGAAGGAAAAUGUCCUAUCUGUUGGGCAUCGAAGAGUGAGAUCUUCACUCUUGUACCGGGUGUCAAGCAUACACCCUUUCUUGCAUGCAGAGCAGGUCAUUCUUAUGUUCAUAACGCCUUUGGAUGGAUAGACUUCAAAAAGCGGCUGAAAUUCACCAAGUACCAAUAUUGCUAUAUGUGCGGUGUUCCUCAAAAGCCCUAUCUUCCUGAUGGGCAUCCUACAGUUGGAUGUACUCUUGAAGAACCAAACUGCCCCGUCCCAGACUUCAUUGUACUCAUCAUAUGGCACAUCCGUCAAUCUCCUGCAAUCUGGUCACAAGCAAUACGGUGUCCACGGUUUCUUGGAUUGACUAAAGACAUUGGUCUCACUGAAUUUACGGCAUGGUGCAUGACCCUGAAGGACAAUAGAUCAUUCCACAAUGCUGUGGAACUGGUGAUUUGGUUCCUGCAGGAGCGGGCUUCUGCAGACCGGCGCAGCCUGGAAUUGAAACUGAAAAGAUCUUUAUAG